ACAGCUCAUCUUGGAUUAUUCUUCGUUGAACACCACCAUGGGAAUCCUUUCCAGCCUUGGUCCUUUGAAAUCUCUUAGAUUGUUGUCCUCAUACAGCACCGGUCUUAAUGGCAAACUAUCAAAUCAGAGCUUGUGUAACCUCAUAAAACUAGAAGAGCUGGAUCUUAGCAUUAACGGAAUUACUGGCAGGCUUCCUACAUGCUGGCGAAACAUGACAUCUAUCCGGGUUCUAUUUCUUGAAGACAAUGAAUUCACAGAUAACAUCGCAUCAUCUCCCCUCACUAGUCUUACCUCACUCGAAUUGCUUUCCAUUUCGGGUAAUUAUUUUGAUAUCCCCUCAUCACUCAGCCCACUUGCAAACUAUUCAAGACUUAAGGUCCUCUUGCUUGAUGACAAUAAACUAACAAUUGAUUCCAAAGUUGCGCCUUCGAUCCCGAGGUUCCAAUUGAAGGAUUUUAGUAUAUCAAAUAGUCUAUCGAAAGGAUUCAAAGUGACUUCUCUUGGCUUUCUCAAUCAUCAAUAUGACCUAAGAACCAUUGAUCUCUCCUUGAAUGACAUUCCGGGUCCCUUUGCAACUUGGUUGUUGGAAAAUAACACUAAGUUGGAAAAUCUUCUUAUGGCGAAUAACUUAUUUGCGAAACUUGAGGUUCCACUUAUGGCCCUUCAUAAUCUUUCGAUGAUGGACAUGUCUAACAACGGCAUGAGAGGAGAGCUCACGACCGAAUUUUGUUUAAAUGUCCCAAAUCUGUCCCACCUUAAUCUAUCAGCCAACAGAUUGGAAGGGAAUAUUCCAUCUGAACUGGGUAGUAUGAAAUCCCUAUAUUCCUUAGACCUUUCCCACAACAAUUUCUCCAAGGGACUACCCAUCCAGUUACUAGAUAGCAACUCAUCAUUGGAAAAACUCAACGUAGCAUAUAACAACUUGCAAGGAGAAAUCGUGUUUUCCAACGACACCAAGAACCUAAAUUGGUUAUGCCUAAACUUAGAACACAAUAGGUUCACUGGAGAUCUCUCUUUUCUUUCAUCACUUGCAAAUCUGUUUGAAUUGGACGUUAGCAACAACUUUUUCAUUGGUCAACUUCCCAGAGUGAUUGCAAACAUGUCAUCACUUGCGCUCCUUGACUUGUCCAAAAAUCAGUUAAAUGGCCUCAUCCCUCAAGGACUCUUUAAUCUUCCUCAGCUCCAGUAUUUGGCUUUGUCUGACAACAAUCUCUCUGGUUCAUUAGCAUCAUCUUUCAUAACACCGGAGUUGAGACAUAUCCAUCUGAAUGGGAACAAAUUGAAUGGUUCAAUCGUGCAUCUACUCCUUAAUAGCUCCAAUUUGGUGACCUUGGAUUUGAGUGAAAAUGAGUUCUUCGGAAGCAUACCCUAUUGGCUAGGUAAUGUCUCUCAAUUAAGCAUUCUUUUACUGAGAGGUAAUAGCUUCUAUGGAACAUUUCCCAAGCAAUUGUGCAGAUUGAAAAGCUUAAGUAUGAUCGAUCUUUCUAAAAACAAUCUGUUUGGUCCAUUACCUAUUUGCUUGGGACCCAUGAAUUUCUCCUCUACAGGAUAUGCAGAUAAGGUAGAUUCAGCAAGUUUCAGAGGGGGAGGUCAAGUAUUGUCACCUUGGUCUUAUGUGAGGACAAUUAGAAGCCAAACUUGGUCCUACUAUACCGAGUUCUACCACAAUAAAAUUUUGGUAGACGAAGGAUGGGAAGUUCCACAUAUUGUUGGGUUCACAAUAAAAAGAAGGUCUGAUGCUUAUAAAGGCUAUGCACUCCUUAAUAUGAUUGGACUAGAUUUUUCUUACAACCAUUUCAGCGGUGAGAUCCCACCAGAGAUUGCAAUCUCACAAGACAUGCUUAUGCUAAAUCUGUCACACAACAAGCUUACAGGACAUAUACCGAUGUCAUUGUCGAACCUCACAAAGAUAGAGAGCAUUGACCUUUCCUAUAACAACUUGAUUGGUUCUAUCCCUGAAGAGCUCACUCGGUUGAAUUUUUUGGGAGUCUUCAAUGUGUCUUACAACGACUUGUCAGGAGCCAUACCAAACAAAAAUCAAUUUGGGUCAUUCGAUGAAAGCAGUUACUACGGAAACCAUCUUUUGUGUGGAUUGCCGUUGAGUAAUAACUGUUUGACAACCAUUAAUGUUAAUUGCUCAGCAACAAAAUCAUGCACGAAAGCUAAAGAAGAUGGUUUCAUAGACGGAGAGACAUUCUACAUUAGCUUCGGAGUGUCAUACACUAUGGUUUUACUGGUAAUUCUAGUUGUUUUGUUCAUCAACCCCCAAUGGCGGCAGGGAUGGUUUCAUUAUGUGGAACUGGUUAUCACCACAUGUUGGAGCUUAUUCAUCACAUGCUACUAUUUUGUGCAAGAUGAGAAAGAGCCCCCCGCCGCAGCUGUUUGCGUAGUGGAAUCUGACAUCCCCAAGCUCCCGCCGCCGCAUCACAGCCGUCCACGAGUCCCCUUGCGGCCCACGGCGAAUAGCCAACGGUCCAGAUGUGACCGCUUCCCCCAAGGCAAGGAAACCACACGCGGGAGGAGGUGA